UACUAUUUUAGGAGUCCUGGCCGACAAGUUGAAGUAAACAGUGCAAGAAAGGAUUAUCAAGCUUUUGGACGAAGUACAUUUUGUGACAACUCUUUAAAAAGAACUCUUUAUGGGAUUGAUAUAAAGGAUUGCACUUCGAGAUUGUUUCCUGCACACAUUAUGCUGUUUAUAAAAACACUUUGUUGUCUGCUAAUUCUUUUUUAUGAUAUGCAGGUUUUGUGUGACACUAACUGCCCAAGCAUACAGCAGACUGCCAGGCUUGUUUAUGAAUGUCCAAAGAGCGAAGUAGAAUGGAAUGAAGCUGCUACCAGAAUGAACUGCAAAUAUAUAAUGCAAAAUUGUUUACAACAAAGCCAGUAUAAAUACCAUUGUGCUUUGAAUGUCUUUCUAAAUGAAUCGUGGGAAUUAUGUAGCAUAAUGAAAUACAUGCUCGGUUAUUGCAUGGAAUACAAUGUAGAAGGACAGAGAAUUCAAAACAAUUAUCAUCGGAAAUGUUUGGUUUUGAAUCCCCCUUGUCCAAUAAGAUACAAAUCAACAGAGGCACACAAAUAUCAAUCCUGCUAUACAAAAGUGAAGAAAAAUAGUCUCCUUACCUCUAUCCUUUCUGAAACGACUUUAAAGCUGGUCGUUACUACAAACAGCAACAAAGACAAGAAUCAAAACGGAGAUUUACAAAGAGUUUGGAUAAUUGUUGUUACGUCAAUUGUUUUCGUAGGAAUAGUUGCAGUGAUUGUAUAUAUAAGAUGGAGAAGAAAGAAGCGAAACAGAUUAAGAAAUAGAAGCAAAAGACUGUUUUUGAAAGCACCGAUGACAUCAUUUAUUGAAAAGCCCUUAUAUUAGCACAGACACAAAGUCUGACACAUCUGUCAGGAAAAAAAAGGAAAAUGGGAAAAAUACAGGAAAGAGCAUUGCACUUUGUUUAUGUUGACUAUAAAAAUUCUUACCUGUACGAUUUUAUCCAUAAGAAAGGGGCAUGAACACAGUUUCAACUGAAGUUUUUUCACCAAUUUUAAUUUUAACAAUUCCUAACCAGGGCAAUUCUAAUGAUUAGCAAAAAUUUGAACAUCAUUUGUUGAUUUACAAAGGAGAUACAGGUAUGAGAAUUCUUCAUAAUGUAAACAAGGCUCGUGCCUUGUUUUUGUUUUCAUUUAGGAAAUCUGUUAUAACAAAACGAGAUUCAAAAGAUCAUUAGAAAAUGUCUAAUCGUAUUUGGAAUUAACUUCUUUGUUGCAAAAAAAUCUGCUUUGACCAACACUAUCAGCAUUUUAACCUAUAAACUUUUAGAUAUGAAUCCGCAAAACUAUGGAAUUCUUUACCAGAAUCUUUUAGAAAUAUUACUACCUUUAACCAAUUCAAAUCAAAUAUAAUUUGUUGGUGUUGAAAUUGUCGCUAAUUUUAUUUUUAGAAACUAUAAUAAACAGGGUUUAUUUUAUUUUUAGUUUGUUGGCCUUAAUGUAAAAAAUACCAUGUCAUUGUAAAGCACCACGGAGGAAAAUAAUGAUAUUUAGUAGUGUGGUAUAAUUUUUAAAUACUUUUUCUUGUUAUCACGCAUGAUUGUUGUAUUAUUUUAUGUAACGUUAUUAUGUAAUUAGAAAUUAGCUCUUCAUGACUAAUGUUUUUUGUUGAUGUACCCGACUUUAGAUAAAAAUCAUCUUUCAUAUUUGGAUAUUUUACCGGAAAAAGACGUUGAUGGUAUUUUUACAAUCAAGCUUUCUGAUAAACCUGAUGACUUAAGCUCUUCAAUCGUCGACUUCUCUUACUUUUACAACAAUAUACCUCAUCACCGAGAUGUAUCCAUAUACGGAGUAUAUAUAUAUCUUAGUUGAUUCUAUAUGGAAGAGCAUGUUCUACGUAUGAAAAAAAAAUGCAACGAGGUAAAUUAUUGACAAACAGUGUAAAAUUCUUUUUAAAAAUAAAUGGUAUUUUAAAAAAUAAAAAUAUUUAUGCUUUUAGAGGGAACCAGCCCUCAGGAUAUAAAUAAGAAGACAUGUAAAAUAAGCGAAUCUGAGAUGGCGAAAGAUUUACAUCCCCUUUGAAAUAAUAAUCAAAACGAUCAUUUAUGAUAUAUUUUGCAUACAAAUAAAAAUUGUAAAAUAUUA